AUGAAUAUUAAUUCGUGGCAAUUAAAUGAUUAUCUCAAUCGUUUUCUAUUUAUUUCAACAAAUUCAACAUUUAUUAAAUCAACAAAUGAAACUCAUCUUUGUUUAUUAGAAUGUUCUUUUGAAUUAUCUAACUCAGAAAACCUUCAUCAAAUAUCAUUUCAUCGACCAACACAUCUUGAUUUUUCAAUACAAUUUACAAAUGGAACGUCACUUAUUAUUCCACGCACGCAUGUGUCUUUAUAUCAUUGUGAACGUAUGGCAUUAAAUUGUACAUCAUGUUUACAACUUGAUCCAUCUUUUGGUUGUAUUUGGUGUAAUAAUAUGUGUACGUUUAAGAGCCAAACAACAAUAAGUCAAUUCAUAUGUCCAAAUAGUCAAGAAUGUUUAUCACCUAUGAUAGAAACGAUUGAACCAUUAUUACUACCAAUGAAUGGAGGAAUAUUAGUGACAAUUAAAGGAAAUCAUUUUGAUUUAUUUAAUUUAUCUAUUUAUUUAGCUGAUGUACCUCGACACUUAAUUGAAGACGAGAGUUCAAAUAAUAAAAUUGUAUGUCAAUCUGGUGAUGCUGGAUCAAUACCAUGCACUGGCUUUAUUCGUCUGAAAUUCGGUGUAAACGGUCCAUAA